AAGCGCUCAGGAAGCAGAGCACAGCCCAGGGGAUCGGCUUCCCGGUCACGGCUGCUGCCCGCCCCUUCCUGCCGCCGCGCUCGGUUCCGCCCGCCGCCGCCGCCAGGAUGAUCCCGCCGGUGCAGGUGUCCCCGCUGAUCAAGUUCACCCGCUACUCGGCGCUGCUCGUGGGGAUGAUCUACGGCAAGAARCGAUACGACUACCUGAAGCCGAUUGCUGAAGAAGAGAGGAGAAUAGAGGCGGAGGAGAAAAAGAAACGUGAAGAGCUGGAGCGGAUCGCAAAAGAGAUUGCGGAAGCAAGUGAAGAUUCCAUACUGAAAUAAACUACAGAUUUCGUCUGAAUUUCGCACAUGGGGAUACAUGGCUAACACUGAGCUCUCCAGUGGCUUUUGAACUCUGAUAUUCUGUCAAUAAAAUACUUACUAUACUUAA